UUCUCCGUAAACAAGACUCGAACGCGCCCUUCGUUUCCACUUAAGACCGAAUAUUUCAUCGAUCAAGAAAAAUACUUCUAUUGGAUAUUAUUCCAUGCGAACAUAGCCUUUGUCAUAGGAAUUAUCGCAAUGUUAGCAAUAGGAACAAUGCUCAUAGUUUAUCAACAGUAUGCGUGCGGAAUGUUUCAAAUCGCCAGUUAUCGUAUGUCACGAGCGAUAACGUUCGUAACUCAACAACAGAAAAGCUUGCAGGACAAGAAUUUGACUUACAAGAGAAUAAUUUGUGCCAUAGAUAUGCAUCGCAAAGCUAUGAAGUUCAUCGACUCGUUUGUAUAUAAGUUUAAAGUAAUGUUCUUCUUUUUGAUCGUAGUCGGAGUGAUUUGCGGAAGUCUCAAUUUUUUUCGGGUCUUUCAAGUGAUCUCGUUUGAAUACGAUAUUAUGGGAUUAUCGUUACCCAUG